GUGUUUGCUGCUAUCGCAACGUGUGGAGCGGCUGCAGGUAAAGACUGACUUCAUAUUUGAAAAGUCGAAAUCAAACUGCCAGAAUUCAUCUCCAGGAAUAGGCAUGUCCGCUGACAAAGCAGUCAAUGCUGUUCAACACAGUCACGUACGUCAUAAAGGAUUCAGUAAUUAUAGAGUUAUAGCAAAGACUUCCUAUGUGGAUGAAACCUUGUUUGGAAAUUCUAAUGGGCUUCGGAGUCCAGCGGCUGAAUUUGAAUCACCAUGGCAUUUCGCAUCUCAAACUGGUGCUCAACAACCAUCAUUGUGGAGUUCAAGUUCCCAAAUAAAAUCUAGUGCUCAUGGAGAAGUUGGGCUAGUUCCAAACCCACGUAAAUGUGGUGGCACGCCGAUAAAAAAGAACAAAUACAGGUUAAAAGGCCAUGUGCCUAGCUACUGUGACGAGUCACUAUUUGGCCCAAAGCAAGAGGAUCCAAACUGGGAGGCCCCAUGGACUGCACAAGAAGAUAAAAUGAAGAUUCGUCCGCUCCUGUGGAGUCCCUCAGUCCAUAAUGUUAGCUCAAAUGCAUUUUGUUCAUGUAGCUCUCAGUUCUCGUCUGCCAAAGGAAGCCCAGUGAAACCACUUUAUUUAGUCACAAGAGAAUCUUCUACUGAUGCUAUUGCUGAAAACAGAGGUAAAUCAGAUUAUUGGAAGCGGCCAAAGAGUGAUGAACAGUCUACUAAUAGCACCCCUAUUCUCGACCAAUCAAAGUCUUUAGUGAGGAAAUCCAGUCCUUGGAAAAAAAUUGUGAAAACAGAUUUUGUGAAAGCAAAGCUGAAUACUACAAGGAACACAGAGCAUUUGCAGUGUAGACCAAUUUCACCUUUUACUGGAUUCUCAGGACCAAAGCAUUGCAAUAAACAAAAAGCUGGUAAACUGUCAGAUUUUGUUUCAUAUAGCCAACCCAAGGUAACAGAUUCUGUCAUGUUAAGUCCUCCCUGGAAAUACUAGAGCUGAUUUGGGUAUAACGGAGAUUUGAGUUAUUUUUAAAACUGGUUUGUAAUAGGGAUGUAGCUACAUUUUCACUUAUCAUGAAACAACAAUGAUCUUAUUUUAAAAAAAGUUAAGUUCAACAAUUGAGAGAACUGUGGGAAGUGAGGUGAAUAUCACUGAGGAGAUGUUGAACCUGGUGAUUAUGUGGAACCAGCCAACUUCAGAUGCUUCAAGCUGGCUCUUGAAGAACAACAAUGAUCUUUUAGAGUCAUAGAGAUGUACAGCACAGAAUCAGAACCUUCGGUCCAACUUAUCCAUAUCGACAAGAUAUCCUAAAUUAAUCUAGUCCUACUUGACAGCAUUUGGUCCAUAUCCCUCAAAACCCUUCCUAUUCACAUACCGAACCAGAUGUGGGCGGCACAAUGGCACAGUGGUUAGCACUGCUGCCUCACAGCGUCAGAGACCCGGGUUCAAUUCCCGCCUCAGGCGACUCUGUGUGGAGUUUGCACAUCCUCCCCGUGGUCUGCGUGGGUUUCCUCUGGGUGCUCAGAUUUCCUCCCACAGUCCAAAAAUGUGCAGGUUAGGUGAAUUGGCCAUGCUAAAUUGCCUGUAGUGUUAGAUGAAGGGGUAAAUGUAGGGGAAUGGGUCUGGUUGGGUUGCGCUGCGGCGGGUCGGUGUGAACUUGUUGGACCUGUUUCCACACUGUAAAUAAUCUAAUCUAAUCAGAUGUCUUUUAAAUGUUGUAUUGUACCAGCUACCCCCUCUGGCAGCUCAUUCCAUACACACACAACCCUCUGCAUGAAAAGAUUGACCCUUAAGUCCCUUUUAAGUCUUUCUCCUCUCACCUUAAACUUAUGCCUUCUAGAUUUGGACUCCCCAACCCUGGGGGAAAAAACCUUGGCUAUUCACCCUCUCC